UUUAAAGCGCUACAUCUGCGCAAAUUCUCAUGUACCUUAAGACCAUAAUUGUUCACACUUUGUUCAUACAGGACUGAGGAGUAAACAGUGAUAGGGUGUCUCGGAUGUCGCCGGCAAUAAUUAUCGUUUCGCUUUGUCUGCUGGGGGUCUGGACAGGGGUAAGGAGUAACCCUGGACGUCCAGUCAUUCCUCACAACCAAAAUGCAGCCAGAAUAUUUAGUAUAGCAGAAGCAAAUAGAAAUACAACCGCAGACGGAUUUCUGUCAAUCGAAGAAAUGGGCGACAUCUUUCAGAACUUUGACAUGAAUGGAAACCAGUGCAUAGACCAGACAGAAUUUAUAGCUCACUGGAACAAUCUAAAACUAGGAGAGCUGAAUGAAGCAAUAACAUUGUUCCAUCACGCGGACACUGACAGGGACGGCUGUAUCGAACGAGAUCCAGAUUAUUCCAGACUCUUCUAUUAUUUCGACCGAGAUGCUGAUGGUAAAAUUUCCGAGAUGGAAUUCAAACAAGUUUGGUAUGGUUUGUCGGCAUAAAGAGGUGUUGAACAUUCAAUGAAAUAAAGUAUACUUAAGAUA